UCUACACUCAUCCAUACACUCUCUCUCUACAAGAAGAAGAAGAAGAAAUAAUGACAAGCAGUGAGGUUAUCUCUCUAACAACAGGGCAGAGGAGGUUAGAAGGAAAGGUGGCCCUAAUAACUGGCGGCGCAAGUGGGAUUGGCGAAUGCACUGCAAAAAUAUUUGUCCACCAUGGUGCCAAAGUCGUCAUCGCGGACAUCCAAGACGACCUCGGUCAUGCACUAUGUGCCAACGUGCUCGGCUCGACCAACUCCCUCUAUGUUCACUGCGAUGUCACAGAUGAAUCCCAAGUCCAAGCGGCAGUGGCAGCUGCCGUAGAAACCUUCGGCAAGCUCGAUGUCAUGAUGAAUAAUGCAGGCAUAGUUGACCCCAGCAAGCCUCGAAUCAUCGACAACGAUAGAAGUGACUUCGAUCGAGUCCUCAACAUCAAUGUCACUGGCGUCUUCCUCGGCAUCAAACAUGCGGCACAGGCCAUGAUCCCAGCGAAAACUGGCUCAAUUUUAUCGACCGCAAGCGUGGCAUCGUAUAUCGGUGGCUCUGCAUCGCAUGCUUACACAUGCUCGAAGCACGCAGUGGUGGGGCUGACGAAGAAUGCGGCCGUGGAGUUGGGACAGUUUGGGAUUAGAGUAAAUUGCCUGUCGCCUUAUGCAUUGGUGACGCCGUUGGCGACGAAGUUUGUGGGGUUGAACGGGGCGGAGUUUGAGGAGGUUAUGGGUUCUAAGGCAAAUUUGAAAGGAGUAACGCUUAAGGCUGAAGAUGUGGCUAAUGCAGCUUUGUUUCUGGCAAGUGAUGAAAGUAGGUAUGUGAGUGGCCAUAAUUUGUUGAUCGAUGGAGGUUUCAGCAUUGUUAAUCCCAAUAUCAAUAUUUUCCAAAAUUAGGAGCCAUGUUUGAGAUUAAACUAAGUAAGUACUUCGAAUUAAAGAAGGUAAGAUUUCUAAAUCUUAUAUGGAACGGUUAAAAAUGUGGUUGUCUCAUUGAAUAAUAAUACUACCCACCUCUUUUUAUGCUCUUUAA